AUGGCCGAGACUGGGAACGCUGAGCCCCAGACGCCGAUCUCUGAGGGGCCCAGCUCGCCCACCACACCGACGCAGAAGAGCAGCAAUAGCAAUGCUUCGGUCACGUCGACCAGGGAGGAGCCGAUUGACCAGCAGGACUUUGCCAACCCGACCCUCAGUAUAAUACGGAGCUUCUCGCACAGCACGUCUGUAAGCUCAUUGGUAUCGAAAGAAGAAACUCCACCGCCGCUGCCACCACGACCCGCACUCGGUUUACUCUCGCGACCCUCGACAUCGCAUUCUACGGCGCCCGGCAGACCGCAGCUCCUCUCCAAAGCUACUACACAGCUGUCUGUAGCGAGGACACAGGCGUUUGCUACAGAAGCGAAGGAUGAGUCGCCAACAUCCUCCGGGCCCAAGUCGCGCGACGUCCUAGGCGCAAACCUAGCAUCUCAUAAUCUCAGCGAUGCCGACGAUAGUGCGAGCAUACGCAGUUAUGCGCCAACAAUAGAGGCAGCAGGAUACCAGGAGAGCAUACUGGGCGAAGUCAUGGGCCAGGCAGAGAAGUCAGAGCAAGAGAAGUCGCUGCUUAGGACAUUAGGCCACAGAUUCGUUGAUGCAGAAGCGCAAAGCAUGUUCCCACCGGAUCCAUACUUUGAAAGGGCUUUCCAUUGCGAGUUUGACGAGGUCGACGACAUGGCUGUGGAUGGAUCAAACGAAGAAGCGGUAAUGCAACAGUGGCGCGCAAAGCUGAAGCAUUUUCUCAUCCUCUCGAGUGCCGGAAAGCCUAUAUACAGCCGGCACGGUGACGACCAACUCAUCACAAACUACAUUGGUGUUGUGCAGACCAUCAUAUCCUUUUACCAGUCCACAAACGACACAUUGAGAGGUUUCACAGCGGGACAUGUACGCUUCGUCGUCAUGUCCAAGGGUCCGCUCAACCUGGUCGCUAUCACGCGUUUGCCAGAGAGCGACUCUCAGCUUCGGUCGCAGCUGGAAGCACUCUACAUGCAGAUCUUAUCCACACUUACCCUUCCUAGUAUGGAGCGCAUGUUUGCUGCGCGCGCCAACUACGAUCUUCGCAGGCCACUGCAGGGCACAGAGACACUGUUAUCGGCGCUUGCAGAUGGCUUCACAAGAGGCUCGCCGUCGACGUUGCUCUCCGCUCUCGAGUGUCUUAAGCUUCGCAAAUCCCACCGCGCCACAAUCAACAACACCCUCUUGAAGACCCGCUCAGAGAAUCUGCUCUAUGGUCUCUUGGUAGCAUCUGGGAAGCUCGUGUCCGUCGUCCGGCCCAAGAAACACAGUCUACAUCCUGGCGAUCUCCACCUGAUCUUCAACAUGCUCUUCGAAGCUGGUAGCGUCAAGGCUGGAGGUGGAGAAAACUGGAUCCCACUAUGUUUACCAGGUUUCAACAACACCGGCUACUUGUACAUGUACGUCAGCUUCCUCAAUCUAGAACACCCUACAGAACAGAUGCAAGAGCGCCCUCGCACGAGCGACGGCGCGGAUGAUGAAGUCGCGGUCCUCCUAAUUAGUGCGGAGAAGGAAAGCUUCUUCGAGCUUAGACGUCCCGAAUCCCUCCCCGGAUCCGACAGCAACUUCUUCAAGCUGCAUAAACUCCGCGCCCUCCGGCGCAAGGCGAAGCUCAAGGGCGUCCUCAUCAGGACCGACCCAGCCAUGGCUCAGGCCGGCGUCCCCAUCUCCCCCUCGUCGUCCAAGCGCUCCCGUAGCAAGGACAGCACGCGAUCAAUUACCACCUCGUCUCUCAACACUCCCGCCGCCAACACUCCCUCUGCAAGCACGAAUAGUCUCAUCAUCCCCUCAUCCAUUACAAGUACCCCUACUACAGGCGAUGCACACGCCCAAGAUGCGAUCCCAUAUCCCGCUUUCUUAACAUCGGCCAAGGACAUUCAGACUAAAUGGAAUGGUUUGGAGAUGGCGCAGAUGGAGCGCUUGAGGGAUAGCGCCCAGGCGAAUGCGUCUGAAGAGGCUGCCAAGUGGGCAAGGUGUUUUGGGGAAGACUAUGCCAUCCGCAAUCGCUACAUCAACGUCGACCCAUACCAGUCCAACAGAGUGCACCUUGAGGUGCCAGAGGGCCAUUUCGACUACAUCAAUGCCUCGCCAAUAAUACUCCAGACGACCAAAUCCGGGACGGAACUCAAGUACAUUGCAACCCAAGGACCCAAAGCCGACAGCUGGUCGCAUAUCUGGCGCAUGAUAUGGAAGGAGAACCAGUCGCCCGCAGUCAUUGUAAUGCUGACCCAGACCCACGAGGCGAACCGAGAGAAAUGCUACCCUUACUACCCGCAAUCGCUGUCGAAUCCGGAUAUGCGCAUCAACGAGCACGACGAGUUUCAAGACGGCUUCAUACACAACCUCCACUUGGCGUCGUACACAAUAGAUGAUGAGGCCAGGACGCAAGUACGGGAAAUCGACAUGACAACAGAUGACGGUAGCGAGUCGAGGAAGAUCUGGCAUCUGCUCUUCGCUGGCUGGCCGGAUUUCUCUGUGCCAGAAGGCGAUGAUCGCGCUGGUAUGCUGAAGCUAGUGGACAUAUCGCGAUCCAAGAACACCGACAACUCGAUCAACCCCCGCAUUGUCCACUGCAGCGCAGGUAUUGGUCGCAGUGGAACCUUUAUUGCGCUCGAUUGGCUCAUGCAGGAGCUUGAAGAGGGCGCAUUGGACGAUGUACCAGAUAACGAAGACCCCAUAUUAAAGGUUGUGGAGAACCUCAGGGAUCAGCGAGCUGGUAUGGUUCAAUCCAAGGUUCAAUUCCAGUUCAUCUACAAUGUUCUACGCGAGCAGUGGUGCGAACGAUGGAUCACUCAGCAUCCUGACGAAGCGAAUCGACUCGGUCUCGUCAGCGCAGCGGCUACUUCUACUUCUGACAGCGAGCAACCCGCCCUCAAGCGCCAGAAGUCGAUACACAACAGCGAAGCCGCCGAAAGCCUCCAGCUCCCGCUACUAGCAUCACGACCACCAAGUUCACGAGGUGCAUCCAGCUCGCCAGCGCCGGAUGCACGCGCACAGUUGGAAGCCGAACUUCAGGAGGCCGACUUGGAGUACGAGAAGGGCAAGACUUAG